GCGAUGUCGCGCCGGGCCCUGAGGCGGCUGCGGGGGGAGCAGCGGGGCCAGGAGGGGCCGGGGUUGGGCGAGCUGGGCCUCGACCCCGGCCCGGAGCGCGCCCGUGAGGGGGGGCCGCCGCCAGCCCCCGGGAAGGGGCCCCGCGGGCCGCCCCGCGCCGGCGUCAGCAACCGCUUCGAGCUGAUCCCGGCUGAGGAGUCAGAGGAUGAGCCAGUGGCCGGGGAGGAGCGACCGGAGACCCGGCUCAGCGAGCAGGACAUGGCAGGAGGGAGCAAGGACAGGAGCAAGGAAGGAGCUGUGACCGAGGAGACGGAUGGUGAUGGACAGAGAGAGGGGCAGGAGGCUGAGCAGCCAGACCAAAUGCUGGCAACGAGUAACAAGCCACGGAAGAAAAAAAAGAAAAGGAAAACCAAGAAAAAUUCAGCAGGAGAGACUCUGGAAGACAACGACCUGGAAGACAUCGACAGCCUUUUGGAGAGGAUCGAGGACCCCAGGCUGGCCCCGCAGAGCCAGGGUGGGAUCACUGCUGACACCCGGCCUCUGCUCUAUGUGGAGCACAGAAACUUGAAUCCAGAGAAUGAGUUGAAGAGAUACUUUGGGGCUCGUGCUGUGCUCGGGGACCAGAGGCCAAGGCAGAGGCAGCGGCAGUACGUCCGCAGCAUGUGGCUGACAGCUCCCAAGAACACCUGGCCACGCUACAGCAAGACAGGUAUCACCAUGCAGCUGCUGGACACCCGGAGGGGCGUGCAGCACUUCACCUUUGAGCACCACCGUGAGUACCAGCAGGUGCAGUUCAAGUUCCUGGACGCUGUGGAGUCCAUGGACCCCAACAACAUCGUGCUGCUGCUCCAGAUGAACCCCUACCACGUGGACUCCCUCCUGCAGCUCAGCGACGUGUGCCGGAUGCAGGAGGACCAGGAGAUGGCCCGGGAUCUCAUAGAGCGGGCCCUGUACAGCCUGGAAUGCGCCUUCCACCCCGUGUUCAGCCUCACCAGUGGGACCUGCAGGCUGGACUACCGGCGGCCAGAGAACAGGGCUUUCUUCCUGGCUCUCUUCAAGCACUUGAUGUUCCUGGAGAAGAGGGGCUGUCCCCGUACAGCCCUGGAGUUCUGCAAGCUCAUCCUGAGCCUUGAUCCUGAGAAUGACCCACUCUGUGUGCUGUUGCUGAUCGACUUCCUGUCCCUCCGGGCCAGGGAAUACACCUUCCUGACCCGCCUCUUCCAGGAGUGGGAGAGUCACCGGAAUCUGUCCCAGCUGCCCAAUUUCGCCUUCUCGGUGCCACUGGCCUAUUUCUUCCUGAGCCAGCAGGAAGAGCGCCCGGAGCUGGAGCGGGGCCAGGCCCGGGAGCGAGCGGCCCAGCUCAUCCAGCUCGCGCUCAUCAUGUUCCCAAGCGUUCUGAUGCCACUUUUGGAUCACUGCAGUGUGCAGCCCGACGCCAGGGUCGCCUCCCACCCCUUCUUCGGGCUGAAUGCCCAGAUCAGCCAGUCGCCCGCCCUGAACCAGCUGACAUCCCUGUACGUGGGCAGGACACACGCCCUGUGGAAGGACCCAGCAGUCAUGGCCUGGCUGGAGCCCCACGUCCACGAGGUUCUGCACAUGGUGGAGGCCCAGGACACGCUGGUGCAGGAGGCUGAGCACAAGAGGAAGAUCCGGUACCAGAGCGCUCCCAGGAACAUCUACCGGCACAUCAUCCUCUCGGAGAUGAAGGAGGCCACAGCAGCUCUGCCUCUGGAGGUGACCUCCCAGCCAGUGAUGGGGUUUGACCCCCUGCCUCCUCUGGAUUCCAUUGUUUCCUACACCCGACCGGAAAGGACAAGCCAUCCCUCCAACGAAAGCACUUUAUCCCUCUUCUUCCGCUCGCUGCUGCCAAACUUUAACUUGCAGGGGGACAUCCGGCACAACGGGGACGACGAGGCCGGGGCAGCGCAGGACCUCAACCAGGGGGUGAACAGGCUGAUGGCGGCCAUGCGGGACAUGCUGGCCAACAUCCAGUUCCAGGAGCCCCCCCGUGACGACAAUCCCGAGGGGGACGGCGACUGGGACUGAGCCCGGGCUGUCUGUCCCCAAACCCUGUGCAUCACCCCCGAUUUGUGUCGCACUCCAAUAAAGUCACACAAAUGGA